ACAAUCGGUACGUUCUUGUCGCAGGCCAAACGCGUCACAGUAUCGCGCACGGGAUUGUUUCCAUCUCCGCAGUACGCUUUUCCCAGAGCCAGCGGGGACAAAACAGUGGGUCGAGGGGUACUCACUCCUCCGACCUUCGAGGUUUGCUUUCCGGUUGGCGUGCUUCGGCCCCCAUCUGACUCGACCCCUCGCGCUAUGAGCAGAGGUAGAGGCGGGCCUGACAACGAACACUAUUACCGACACCCGCCGCCUUAUCGCCAAGCGAGGCAACCUUCGGAAAGACCCGGCCCGUCCGCUCCCUUCCCGAGAAGCGGCCCGCUGUUCCAACAGCCGUAUUGCUACGACCGACCUCUCCGUGGCGUAGCCUCCCCUCCGUCUGCCCCGCCCAUACCGAACGUGACAAAGAAGCCUCCCAAUCCUAACGCACCCUCGCAGAGUUAUACCCCCCAGCCUGUCCUCAAUUCUUUUCAGUACCUUCAAGUCCAGUUUCUGAGAGGACACAGCGCCGAGGCACCCCAGUUCAAAGUCAGUCCCCAAAAAGCCGGCAGCUUCAAUAAUUCCUCGUACCAGCAGCAGCCGGGUUACAGUCGCUAUCCAAAACCACACUGGGCUCGAGGUUAUCACAGCCAGACCCCCAAUCUCGCCGGACAGCCAAAUCAAAAGCAGGCGCGGAGUCCAUACGGCGGCGGCGGGGAAUGGCGCAUCGACGCCCUCUGCGAUAGUUUUCAGAGCGUGUCCCUCUACCAAAAAGCAGCGGGCGUCAUCACGUUCACUCCACAAAUCCAGGAGCGGGUGCACAGGGCUUUAAAUCCGACCCAAAGUGUCUCUGCUCGAUUUUUAGCCAAAACACUACAUCUUCCCAAAAAGGUGGUCAACCAGGCCCUGUACUCAUUGUUGGACUCACGCAAAGUCUCCAAGGUAGGCCUUGCCCCUCCAAAGUGGACUUUAUACGUCAGGGACGAGCGUCCUCAAAAAUCAAUUUCGGGGAAACCCCUACAAGUCAAGUUAGAGACGACGACAGAAAAAGAAGAAGACUCCGACGCAGAUUCGCAGUUUUCCAGCUCUUCUUCGGAGUCGUCGCUUUCAGAAGUUUCAUCCGGACAAAGUCGCCGAACUCCAAUUUCCACAAUGCCUGAUCAGAAGGAGCAGAUUUUGCAGCACCUGUUGAACUUAGGGCCGGUAACAGCUCUGGUGCUAUCCAAAAACAUGAGCUUGAAGACUUCCAAGCAGGUCAAUUCCACCCUGUACGCCCUGGAGAAGAUCGGCGACGUGGUGAAGAACGGCCACGUCAAACCGCCCACCUGGGAGCUCUCGGCCCAUCGCAAAGAGAGGAUGAGGAGGACUCUCCAAGCCGCGCAGAGCCAGCACAUGAUGAAGGUAGAAGAUCAGGUGAGGGACCUCCUGCUGCCUGAGCCCAUACCAGAACUUGAGCCGCUGCCGUUUGAUGAACCGUGGUUGCCUAAGACUGAAGUGCUGUCUCCUACCACGGUUCAACCUCCGAGCUUAAACGCAAGUCAGGAGGAAACGACCGUGGAAGGACAGUGGGCCUCGGAUGAUAUCCCCGAAUAUCUAAACGCCAUUCGCAAACAGACCGACUUGGAGAGAGCGGCCGCCGACAACCCGGUGGGAACCGUCGCCGUGUCGCUGGCCGCCCCGCCGGCGCAGAACCUUUGGGCCAAGUUGCAAGAGGUCCGUCUGAAGAACCCGGUGAGCGGCCUGAUGGAGUACGCCCAAUAUCUGGGACACAAUUGUGAGUUCAUACUCCUGGACCAGUCGGGACCGUCCCAUGACCCCAGGUUCCGCAUGCAGGUGAUGCUGAACGGGAGAUUGUUUCCCAUCGUGGAAGCCUCGGCGAAGAAGGUCGCCAAGAAAGACGCCGCCGCCGCCACUUUGCUGAUCCUUUUCGGCGAGAUGCAAGGAGGCACGAGUAGCGGGAACGAAGGAAGUACCGCCGGGAUGGACCAAACGAUGAACGCGCUCUCCGACUCUCAGGGCACCAUUGAGGGCUCCGGAGGGGUUUUUGGAGGAGGCACGGUGGAAGUGAUGGGCAUGCCCGAGGGACCUCGCCCGCCGCUGUCACGCUCUCUCCUCGGCGGGAAGAACCCCGUGUCCGUUCUGAUGGAGUACAGCCAGCGCAGCGGGAAUCCCAUCGAAUUCAUCAUCACCGGACAAGUUGGCCCGCCACAUGAUCCGAGGUUCAUGUACAAAGUAAAGGUCGGCGAGAACCUGUUUGCGGAGGCCUCGGCUCCGAGCAAGAAGGCAGCGCGCCAGCUGGCAGCCGAGGAGGCCGUCAAAGAAUUGAUGGCCGACGGCAGGCUGCAGCUUAACAAGUUUUCUCCUUGUUUCUUCGCCAUCCCGCCCCAGCCCCAGCUGCCCCUGGGCUCCUCCAGCGACAGCGACAGCUGCGGGACUUGCCCCUCUCUGCCGCCUCUGACGGCCGACGAGUUGCGAGCGGCCCACGAGGCCGGCGUGGGCGAUCUCAUCAACCACCUGAAUAACAACGCCGUGUCGGGUCUUCUGGAGUACGCCCGGGCCAGAGGAUUUGCAGCUGAGAUCCGGCUGGUGGGCCAGUCGGGGUCUGCGCACGAGCCAAAGUUCACCUAUCAGGCCAAGUUGGGUGGACGCUGGUUCCCGCCAGUUUGCGCUUCGAACAAGAAGCAAGGCAAGCAGGAGGCGGCCGACGCCGCGCUUCGCGUUUUGAUUGGUGAGGCGGAGAGGGCAGCCCGCACCGGAGAGCUCAUCCCCGCCGAGCUUCCUGUGAGUGGCAGCACAUUGCACGACCAGAUCGCCAUGUUGAGCCAUCAGCGCUUCAACGCCCUGACCACCCGCAUCCAGCACAGCCUGCUGGGACGCAAAAUUCUGGCCACCAUCAUCAUGAGGCGAGGGGAAGGCCUGGGAACUGUUGUUAGCCUCGGCACGGGCAAUCGCUGCGUUAAAGGGGAGGAGCUAAGCCUCAAAGGGGACACUGUGAAUGAUGGCCAUGCUGAAAUUAUCUCCAGAAGGGGAUUUGUUCGAUUUCUGUACAGUGAGUUGCUGAAGCACUUUGAAGGUGGCGACAACAGCAUAUUUGAAGCGGCGGCGGAUAAGAAACUGCAGAUCAAACCCGACAUCACCUUUCACCUCUACAUUAGCACGGCGCCAUGCGGGGACGGCGCUCUGUUCGACAAGUCGUGCAGCGAAACGGGGGAAGAGGUGGGCUGUCACCAGCCGCUCUUUGAGAACGCCAAGCAAGGCAAGCUGCGCACCAAGGUGGAAAACGGCGAGGGAACCAUCCCGGUCGAGUCCAGCGCUAUCGUGCCCACCUGGGACGGCAUCCAGCAUGGGGAGAGGCUGCGCACCAUGAGUUGCAGUGAUAAAAUCCUGCGCUGGAACGUGUUGGGCCUACAGGGGGCGCUGCUCACUCACUUUUUGCAUCCUAUCUACCUGAAGUCCAUCACACUUGGCUAUUUGUACAGCCACGGUCACCUGACGCGGGCCGUGUGUUGUCGGCUGGCCAGAGAUGGCGACGCGUUCAGCCAAAGUCUCCCCCCUCCCUUCCAGCUAAACCACCCCGAGGUGGGUCGAGUCAGCGUGUACGACUCCACGCGUCACACGGGCAAAACCAAGGAGUCCAGCGUCAACUGGAGCCUUCCGGACAACACGAGUGUGGAGGUUCUGGACGGGACCAAAGGCAAACUCGACGGAAGCAAGCUGGGCGUGUCCCGCGUGUCCAAAUCCAACCUGUUCUGUCUGUUCCACACACUGUGCCAGCGCUGCGAGCGCCCCGACCUCCUCGCCAUGCACUCGUACGCUCAGGCCAAGAUGGCGGCCAGCUCCUUCCAGCUGGCCAAGUACCGCUUCUUCCAAGCGCUCGGCGACCACGGCUACGGCGCCUGGAUCGGCAAACCGCUGGAGGAGAAGAGCUUCGAGGCUCGGGAGGAGGUGGCUAACAUGCCGGCCGCGUUCGGCGCCGCUCGGAACGGCGGCGCCACGGAAUACAACCAGGCGGAGGCGUAGGGUGGGGCGGCUGGAAAAAAUCGAGAGGGGGAGGGCAAAAAAAAAAAAGGACAAUCAAAGCUUAGCCACUGGCCGCCCAUGUGUCAUCCAAUGGAAGCGUCGCUAUGGGCUAAUAACGGACCGAUGAGAAAAGACAGACUGAAUUGGAGGGAAGAUGAGAUGAGAAGCCUGAAGGAAGACUGGCUCUGGAAAUGGCAAGAGAAGGACGGAGUAAAGCAAAGCAGCUACGUAAGGCAGAUUAUGUUUUGUUUUUACACGCGCCAUUUUGUUGAGCCGCAUUCACUGAAGAUCAUGUGACCCGCCGGUGGCUUCCUUCUCUCAUCAGGACCAAAGGUGAAGUCGAAAAAAGCGGCCAGCUUUACUUUGCAUUUCUUUUUUUGAGUGGACAAAAAGGCGCCGCUCGUGAUUUAAACCAGCAAUGAAAGAAAAAAAAAAAGUCACAUCCCUCUGUACGUGGUCGCCAUGGUUACCGUUAGCACAACAGAGUAUCGUGCACCGACCCUAUGCUUUUAUAUACAUGAGAAAAAAGAUGUCAUGGCCGCCAGGCUGCACACGUGUUGCACUUCCGCGAGGUCACAUUUCUUUUACCUUGUCAUUUGCUGUCGACUAAAAUCUUUUUUUUUUUUUUCUUAAAUGUAAAUGAUGUCCAAUCAUAAGUAGCUCAAAUGUGUGACAAAAUGUCCCUACUGUAGUAAAACGAGUCUGGGUUUAAAUGCGCACCACUGGAAAGUAAGUUUGACUUUUUAUUGCGUCUUCUUCCCAUGUGCCCACUUGUGGAAAAGAUCUUAAAAAUCCACCCUGUAUUUCUUUUUUAGGAAUUGAUUGAAAGCUUAGGCUCCGACUUAAAAAGUUCAUUCCUCGGUGAGUCGUUUCCAAAAAGUUCCAACUUUCUGAUUGGUGCCCUGUUAAAAUCUGUUUGAAGAGGAUUUUUAUUUUCUAAUUAAUGUUUUUAAAAAAAAAAAAAAAAAGGCUCUCUUGAUGCCUGUUUGCAAUUUAUUGUAGACACUCAAACGUUCGUGUUGGUUUAAUCUUAUGUGUUUUUUUUGGUUGAUAUAUAUAUAUUUCUUUUUUACAAAUGAAGAUAUGUUCCCAAAAAAUAAAUUAAUCAUAUUCCAUCCCA